UACGUAUAGAAAAAAAACUCACGCGACGCGACGGCAAUUUCACACGGCACACUUGCGAAAUUAUCGCGGCGACUGCCGGGGAAAAAAAUUGUUAUCGAACGCCUCGUUCGCCUUGUGCAAUUUAACGGUCACUCGUAUCGCCGUCGUAUGAAAUUCCCGAUGCGACUGAAACGAUCGGACAAUGCGAAACAACGUAUCUUGAAAUAUCCCUUCGAGUUGCAAAUUUCGUUGCAAACGUUCGACACUUCCGAGCGGUAUUUUUCCGAGCAAACUCCCCUCCGGACGGGAGAAACACGGGAGGCGAUACGGAACGUGACCUUCAGGCGACACAACGGACGGACGGACGCGACGAGAAGCACAGUGAACCAAGGCUGCACCACCCAUCAAAACACAAUAAUUUAGAUUUAUGUUGCGACACGUAAGGAAGAUUCGAAAUAACGUAGAAAAAAAUUCGUACGAUUCGCGAACGGCAAAACUUCACGCGACACACCCGUGUAGAAUUUAUCGCGGCGAGUGCGAGCAAAAAAUUGUUAUCAAACACUUAGCCUGCUUCCGUGAUUACUCGCGUGGCCUUCGCGUGAAAUUCUCGAUGCAAAAAUAUCUUGACGUUGCAAUCGACGUGAGGUAAAUGACGCAGUCUCCACCGCGAGUAGAAGGAAACCUCUGUCCGGCGAGAAAGAUCGCGACGGGACGUAUUGCUCGUGAUCGAGUGCAAGUUAAUUAACACACCCCAGUCGUCCGGUCGACACGUUCGACACUUCCGAGCGCUAUUUUUCCGAGCGGACUCUCCCCCCCUCUCCCCCCGAACGGGAAAAGUACGGGAGACGACACGGACAGCGCGACCUAACCUUCAGGCGACAUCAACUGACCGACGACGUGACGAGAAACAUUGUGAAUGUGGCUGCGCCAGAAAUCGCAAGCAGCCAGUUGCGACUUGCGACAGCCAACGAGCGCCUAGUUUCAAGUUAAAGCUCGACAGUCAUUGGCUGUCGCAAGUCGAAGCUGGAUGCUUGCGAUUUCUGUAGACGAGGCUUAAGAUUUCCGUUGCGACACGAAAGGAAGGCUCUCAAUUAGCAUACGCGUGCCUGACGUUUACUAAAUCGGUUUCGUGUUACUCGAUGAAUUUUGUCGACCGUAUCUCGCGUAGGGCAAAGUGCGAAACGGCGACGUGAAACGAUGUACUUUGAGAAGUUCGAUAUUUGAUUACAUCAAGUCGACGCGGGAUGCAACCUCCAGCGCGGCAGGAGGAGGAAAGGGAGCGGCGGAAGGAAGGGAGACUUACGGAAUAAAUACGCAACGAAAGUGCGACGGAGUGAAGUAUGUUUUCGACAGCGAGUGUUGUGCAUGUGCCACGAAGAACCAGCAACAGUGGAACAACAGUGGAGCAACAGAGGAGGAAGAGGCUCGGGAAGCAUCGAGCGACAGCACAGCAACCUCAAACAAAAAAUUUGAAUACGUGCGACAUCGAACCGAAAAAAGAGACGAGCGUGCAAGUCGGCGAGAGUGUACAAAUUCUAUGUAGCACCAAUCAACCACUUGGCGAAUGUCGCGUGGAGAUACCUGGCGAGGGUAGCAUGGUGCUUAGUGGAACAGAACCACCGAAAAACGGCAUCGAAUAUUAUGGUAAUGGACUAAUUAGCGGUCAGUGUGGCGUCCGUAUCGCUAGGGUGAAAGAGUAUCACAAUGGUAUCUUUAAAUGCUUCUUGACGACCUGCGAAACCCAGCAAGAAACAACUGCUUCUCUGAACAUCGUCGUUGCAAAUGACGAUAUGACUAGAAUAGCGGGUGGAGUAGAAGCGAACCCCGGACAAUUUCCGUACAUGGCAGUAGUGCAUCAACUUUAUGGUGGGGGAAGAAUUGGACAAUGCGGUGGCACCAUCGUAAACAAAAGAUGGGUAUUAACAGCAGCCCAUUGUGUAGAAAACUACCCUCGAAGAUUUCAUCUAUCAUUCGGCAUCAUCAAUAAGGCUAGAAUAGAAUAUGGACGGGGUGUGUCAAUGAUUGCGACACAAGUAGUUAUACAUCCAUUUUACAGACAUGGCCACAACGAUAUCGCUCUUAUCUACGUACCACAAGAUAUCCCCUUCUCCAACGUCGUACGCCCCAUAAAACUUGCCUCUCCAGGAGAAAGUUUUGUAUACAGAGAAGCAUAUGUGAUCGGUUGGGGUAAAGAUAAACAAAAUAGCCGCGGUACGGAAAUGCUUAAGUAUGCUAGCGUGCCGAUCAUACAAAAUAGUAGAUGUAGGCAGUACUGGAACAUCACUGCUAGCCACAUUUGCACAGCUGAAGGAUUGGGACGAGAUGCUUGUCAGGGUGACAGCGGUGGCCCUCUCAUUGUAGUGCAAAAUGGUCAGGACAUUCAAAUUGGUAUUGUAAGUUACGGGGACGCAUUCUGCCCCAGUAACUUGCCUGGAGUAUUUACUCGAGUUUCUUCAUAUAAAAAUUGGAUUUAUCAAGUACUCAAUUAUCAUGUAUUAAUAUGGGAUUAAAGUAACUUAACGAAUGAUAUGUAAAUUGGACUUAUCAUAUUUUAGAGCUUUAUGAAUAAUUAAAAUCAAAUAUAUUAUAUACUUUAUUAAAAAUCGAUAUUGAUAUUAUUGAUACUCAAUGAGUAAUUUUGUUUCAACAUUAUUUACUCACUUUCGAUGGUUGAUUUGAAUUCACCUAAAUAUCGCGUUUAAUGGAUAAAGAUAUCUGUAAGGAUUAUUCAAUUGUAAUCAAUUUAUAAUUAUGAUAUAACUCGGAGUGUAUGAGGGGGAAUAAUAAUCGACUUGAGUUUGGAGGUAGACUUUGUAUUGCAAUUAAACAAUGCAAAUACAUCACAGAGAUAUCUUGAAGAUACCUAAUAUGUCAGAAUAUCUGUUGCAUAGCACUGUCGAUAUAUUUUAAAGAAUGUUUCUGAGAUAUCUGCAAGAUACUAAGAAGACAUGAUAAUUUUAGCGAGAUAUUUAAUUUUUAUGUUUAAUCUCAUCUUUAAUUUUUAUGUAUAAAAUAGUCCGAAGUUUGUCUUAAGAUAUGUUGUAUAAAUUAUCUUAUUAAUUAUAAAAUUUAUUUCAAUAUAAAUAUGAAACAAAGUUAAAUAAAAUGAAAAGUUCAAUUGUAAUACAAAUCAUAUUAUAAUCUAGAACAUUUGCAUAUUAUACUAUAUGCAAAUGUUCCAGAGAUAUCCUUUUACAGACAAUACGCGAUAUCAAAUAAUGAUGUCCUGCAGAAUUCUAUAAAUAUCUGACAAUAAGAUAUCUUAAAAUAGAUUUAAAAUUACAAAGAUAUUUGAUUAUAUCUCAGAUAUAUUUUGCUGUGUGAGAGAAUUAUGAGAGAUAUAUUGAAAUAAAUUACUCCAAAAAAGAAGAGUGUUAAGUCGCGCCAAUAAAAUUGAGAUACUUACCAAAA